UCUGCGGCAGUGCCCCCAUGAAYCCUCGGAUCCUGGGGGGAAGCUCAGUGGCGACGGCCGGCGUGUGGCCGUGGAUGGUCAGUCUGCAGAAGAAUGGAAGUCACGUGUGUGGCGGGACGCUGGUGGCCGUGGACGCUGUGCUGAGUAACGCCAACUGUUUUUCAAGUUCCCCCGCRGCGUCUGACUGGACCGUCGYCCUGGGUCUUCUGAAACUAAAUGGAUCGAAUCCCUUCGAGGUGAAGCUGAACGUGACAAACAUCACCCUGAGCAGCCUGAACGGGUCCAAUGUCGCGGUGCUGCAUCUGGAACCUCGACCGACGCUGACCGACUACAUCCAGCCCGUCUGCCUGGACACCGGGCGGGACUUCAGCGUGGGCUCCACGUGCUGGGCGGCCGGCUGGAGCUCUGCACAGGGAGGGGAGGAACAAGUUCUGCAGGAGGUCAAGACGUUGGUGUCAGACUGUGGCAACGUGUCCGCGACCGACAGCUUCUGUACAGGAAGUCUGACGCUGGGGAAGGAGGCCUCUGGGGGUCCGCUGAUGUGUCAGCAGGACGGCUCUUGGUUCCAGGCGGCCGUGUUAUCAGCUGAAAACUCCACCAGACAAACACGAGAGGAUCCCGUGAGCGUCUUCCCCAAACUGAACAAGUUYGAUGAAUUCUUCUCUCGGACCUUGGGGACGUUAUUGUCUCCAGCGUCAAAAAACACCACAGCAGCCAACACCACCACCACCACCACCCCGAGCAGCAGCAGUGGGACCCUCCCUCACCUCGUCCUCCACCUCGUCCUCCUCUCGCUGUGUCUCCAGCUCUUCUUAUAGAAACCUCMGACUCUGUGAAGUCAUGAUGUGACUGAUACGAUUCUAAUGAAGUCUCUUUAAGUUUUAUAUGAAAUGAGUAAAAUCKGAGUUAAUGAUGAACAACUGUUGAWGCUGCAGCGUGCGUGACACUGUUCGGAGCCUCUCGCUCCAGGAUGUCGUUGCUCUGAAGCACCUCUCGAUCUUUUUCAGUAAAAUGAUUAUCGUAUAAUCUUUUGUGUCAAAUUGUGAAUCCUGAAGAUGAUUGAAUCUUUUUUUAAAUUCUGUGAUUCUGUGAUUGAUUUAAUGAGAAUGACAUGAAACCCGACCUYCAGCGCACAGGGAUGGUUUUUAUUGAUGCAGAUAGAGUUGAACUUAGAGUGAGGAACAGAAAACUGUGGACAGUCCAUCACCUCAGGUCGUCACAGAGCUGAGGGUGAAGGUCUGAUGAAGUGAUGAACAACUUCAAGUCAAAUCUUGCCACGAAAUAAAACUGCACUGAAUCUGAA